GCGGUCUCGUUAUUCGUGUUUUCUCCCCGCCCCGCGAUUAUUCCCUUCCGCCCCCUUCUCUAAGCUGCACCGCCUGAAUAGAAAGGCUGGUCCAGCGGCGGCGGAGGCUGGCGCUGUCCUGAGAGGGAGGGCUGUGUGCGGAAGAGAUGAAUCGGACAAAGGGUGAUGAAGAGGAGUAUUGGAACAGCUCCAAGUUCAAGGCUUUUACCUUUGACGAUGAAGAUGAUGAGCUUUCACAGUUAAAGGAGUCCAAGCGGGCAGUGAACAGCCUCCGAGACUUCGUGGAUGAUGAUGACGAUGAUGACCUGGAGCGAGUCAGCUGGAGUGGGGAACCUGUGGGAAGUAUCUCGUGGUCCAUCAAAGAGACUGCUGGUAAUAGCGGCUCAACCCACGAGGGGCGUGAACAGCUAAAGAGCCGAAACAGCUUCUCCUCCUAUGCACAACUACCCAAGCCUACUUCUACCUACUCCCUGAGCAGCUUUUUUAGAGGUAGAACUAGACCUGGAAGUUUCCAGUCCCUUUCUGAUGCUUUGUCAGACACACCUGCCAAAAGCUAUGCUCCAGAGCUGGGGAGACCCAAAGGGGAGUAUAGGGAUUACAGCAAUGACUGGAGCCCCAGUGAUACAGUGCGACGCCUCCGAAAGGGCAAGGUUUGCUCACUAGAGAGAUUCCGCUCCUUACAGGACAAACUACAACUCCUAGAAGAGGCAGUAAGCAUGCAUGAUGGAAACGUCAUUACUGCAGUUCUGAUUUUCCUGAAGAGGACACUGAGCAAAGAGAUCCUCUUCCGAGAGCUGGAGGUGCGACAGGUUGCCCUGAGACAUCUUAUUCACUUCCUUAAGGAAAUAGGGGAUCAAAAGUUGCUUUUAGACCUCUUCAGGUUCCUAGAUAGAACAGAAGAGCUUGCGCUAUCUCAUUAUCGAGAGCAUUUGAACAUUCAGGACCCUGACAAACGAAAAGAAUUUCUUAAGACCUGUGUUGGUUUGCCAUUUUCAGCAGAAGAUUCUGCACACAUACAGGACCAUUACACGCUCCUGGAACGUCAGAUCAUUAUUGAGGCAAAUGAUCGCCAUCUAGAAUCAGCAGGACAGACUGAGAUCUUCCGAAAGCACCCCCGCAAAGCUUCCAUCCUCAACAUGCCACUAGUGACAACGCUUUUCUACUCCUGCUUCUAUCACUACACAGAGGCUGAGGGGACAUUCAGCAGUCCCAUCAACCUGAAGAAGACAUUUAAGAUCCCAGACAAACAGUAUGUGCUGACAGCCCUGGCUGCUCGUGCCAAGCUUCGAGCCUGGAAUGAUGUAGAUGCCCUAUUCACCACAAAGAACUGGCUGGGCUAUACCAAGAAGAGAGCACCCAUUGGCUUCCAUCGGGUUGUCGAAAUUUUGCACAAGAACAAUGCCCCUGUGCAGAUAUUACAGGAGUACGUCAAUCUGGUGGAAGAUGUGGACACAAAGUUGAACUUAGCCACUAAGUUCAAGUGCCAUGAUGUCGUCAUUGAUACCUGCCGGGACCUGAAGGAUCGUCAACAGUUGCUAGCAUACAGGAGUAAGGUAGAUAAAGGAUCAGCAGAGGAGGAGAAGAUUGAUGCUCUUCUCAGCAGCUCGCAAAUUCGAUGGAAGAAUUAAGUGGCAUUGACUACCCUGAAACCUGCCUCAUUUCCUCCUCUCCUGCCUGUGAAAGUAGAGAGAGCUAUUCUUUGGGAGAGUUGCAGCAUCACAUCACUUGGUCCCAUUAUCCACAGGCAGUGCCAGCUACUCUUGACGUAGAUAACUUCAGACUGAUCUUCUGUCCAAGGAACAUCAUCUGAGGAUCGAGAUCUAAAGCUCUGACUCAUGAGAAUGAUUCUCUCCACCUGGUGCUCAUAUGAAGGUGGGAGUGAUUUCUAGAUUGGGCCCCUACUGGGUAAGAUCUCACUUGGUCUGAGAAAAGUGACUGCUCCAGAAAGGAAGAGGUACAGUAGUCAUAGGGUGGCCACUCCAUUCUACUCAGCUAAUUAUGAUCCAGGACUUGGCGCUGGACAUUGGCAGUUCUGCUCUGAAUGAAAUCAGAACAGAACCAAAAUGGCCUCAGGAAGGAAUGCCAGUGUUUCCCAAGACCUGCUGGAGAUGCACUCACACCAGACUGCACAGACCCCUCCACAUUAUGCCACACAUGGCCUAGACGUUGUGUUUCCUCAGCCAUUUUCCCUCUGCUGCCCCAGUUUACUCUGUCCAAAAGCCUAAGGUUCUUCUCUCACUUGAACACAGAUGACUUUGCUUGGGUGAUGAGACAUCCCCUUUAUCUCUUCCUCUACUGCUAGCCCAGACCCGUCACUUUAUAAGAAGUUCAGAUGCAGCAGUGCUGGAGAGCUCUCUCUUUAUGCAAAAAUCUCAUUUCACCAGGAGCUUUCAGAAGUUUCACCUGGGCUAAACUCAGCAGCAUUUCUUUUAGGAUAUUUAGAUGGAGGUUUUAUUUUCGCACUUGGAUUCUUGCUCUGUACCAAUAUUUGCCUCCUUUUCUGUGACUGAACUGGGUUUUUCUGACAUGCCUAGACUCCUAAUAAAGGUAUUUCUUCCUUGGUGCCUUC